UAAGCGGGGAGGAAAGCACGAGACUCUCCUUUUUAGCAGAGCGCUUGAUCCGUCCGUGCGGCGCGGCCAAUCCGACAGGAUGAUCAUCUACAAGGACAUAAUCUCCGGAGACGAGAUGUUCUCGGAUAUCUACAAAAUCACCGAGCGUGAAAAUGGAAUGUUGUAUGAAAUUGAGGGAAAGAUGGUCACCAGAGAAGAAAACAUUGACGACUCCCUCAUCGGCGGCAACGCAUCUGCCGAGGCCCAGGACGAAGGUUGCGAGUCCAGCACAGUUAAGGGGAUAGACAUCAUCCUAAACCACAAACUGCAGGAAACAAGUUUCACGAAAGAGAGCUACAAAGCCUACAUUAAAGAGUAUAUGAAGUUAUUAAAAGCCAAGUUGGAAGAGUGCCACCCAGAGAGAGUCAAGCCCUUCAUGACUGGUGCACAAGAAGUAAUCAAAAAGAUCAUGGCAAACAUGAAAAACUACCAGUUUUUCACAGGCGAGUCCAUGAACCCAGAGGGUAUGGUAGGCUUGCUAGAUUACCGUGAGGAUGGUGUUACCCCAUACAUGAUCUUCUUCAAAGAUGGUCUGGAGAUUGAGAAAUGUUGAUGUUUGAGGAUGUGGUAGAAUUUCAUCUCUGCUGCUUGCUGCUUCUCAUCAGUGCAACUCAAAGGUCAAGUGGAUUUCAUUGGCCCUUUGUUUGGAGUGGAGUUAUUUUGAAUGGCUAUCCAGUGAUGAAACAAUUUCUGGCAGGUCUCUAUGUAGCACAACCAUUGUAAGUCUGAAUUAGUACAGGGGGAGACUUGUGGAAAGGAAUUGUCCUCCAAGGACAAGUUGCUGUGUGCUUCAGCUGAAACCCUGACACAUCACUGUUUUCUUUAUAGCUGAAUCAGAUGUAAUGCUUCUGAAAAAAGGGAUUUAGGAUUUUAUCAACUACAGUGCCCCUGCAAAGAAAGAUUAUACCAUGAUGUAAAAUAAACAUGAAUUUUAACAUGUUGCAUA